UUUCUUUUUAAAUGCUACAAAAAGUCAUCAAGGCUGGUACAUAAUUGCAGGAACAAUAGAAGUUAGCGAGAACAAUUUCUAUUUUCCGCCUCCGGAACGUAGUUAUUUAUUUUGCUCUUUCUUUAUUGAUCUCUAUUUAUUUAUCUAUUUAUUCAGGAAAACAACGAAAAUUUCGUGGAUCAGGAAAACAUCGAUUUGUUGCCGUUGCCAUCGACAUCACAGGGAGACAGCAACGCAGCCGUUAUGUUGAUAGCAACUGAAAAUAUUGAUGAUGAUGACGAGGAAGAAGAAGACAGCUUUACUGAUCAACAACUGUUUUCAUUUUCUUGGCAAAUAGCAAAGGGAAUGAAUCACCUCGCAGAGAAAGGCUUAAUUCAUCGUGACCUUGCAGCUCGUAACAUUCUGGUUGGCAGUGAUAACCGAGUCAAAGUGUCAGACUUUGGGUUGAUGAGACAAAUCUACGAGGACGUUUAUAGCAUAAAGAAGGCAAAAAAGCUUCCAAUCAAAUGGAUGGCUCCAGAAUCGAUAUUCGAUGGCAUUUUCACCAUCAAGAGUGACAUGUAAAUAAAUAAUACAAUCUUAUGCCACGACAUUUCCUUACUCUUGCAGCAAUCUUUUAAUAUCCAGAUUUGCUUAAAUGUUACCAUUGUACUUUUAGCUUACUUGCAAUACUUGUACAACGAAUAAGGGUUAUUGGUCAGGCGUGUGGUCGAGAUGGCUGGAUAUUGGCUAAAUUCGUAUAUAGA